AUGAAUGUCGCUGAGCCCAUUCCUUCGUCAUACACGUCUUCUUUCAUGGGCGAGCAAAAGCAACUGGUGGCAACUCCGCCAUCUAGAAUGAGUUUGAAAGAUGUGCAUGAGCAAAAUUUCCGGGCCACGAUGGACAGCUCAAGCAUCCAGCACAGCCCCAAAUCGCCAAGCAUUCCCAUCAAGGGUAAGGCAUUCCUAUCUCACCGCCAAAUCCUCGAUCAAGCUGCAGCAAUGGUUGACUUCCAAGACCUACAAUUUUACAAUCGAGUGGUUACUGGAAUCAAGACUUCGACCGAAAAGCAGUACGAAAGCAAAGAGCUGCUGGAGCAAAACGAGGUCUGCCUUGAGAACAUCAUCCGAACGAGAUCUGAUGGGUUCAUGGAAGACUACCUUUUCGAACCUGGUUCAGACGACCAUCCAUCGGCCAACAAUGGAUGGGAUUCGGAUGAUGAAGACCAGUUUGUGUUGGACUUGUGA